AACCUCAUAAGAGUUAAGCGGCGAGCUGUUAUUAUUUUCUUUCGACUUUUAUUCCACUCUCCCCUAUUUAAACCCUAGCUACUUCUUUUGCCACUUAAAUACUUAUCUCCCUCUUCUUUCUUCUUCAAUUUGAUCAAACAUGAGUCGGCCAAUGGAAGAGGAUGCCCCUGGGAAAAAUGAGGAAGAGGAGUUCAAUACUGGCCCACUUUCCGUCCUGAUGAUGAGUGUUAAGAAUAACACACAGGUGCUCAUCAACUGUAGAAACAACAGGAAACUUCUUGGUCGUGUGAGGGCAUUUGAUCGUCACUGCAACAUGGUGCUUGAAAAUGUUAGAGAAAUGUGGACUGAGGUGCCCAAGACUGGAAAAGGAAAAAAGAAGGCUAAUCCUGUUAACAAAGAUAGGUUUAUUAGCAAGAUGUUCCUUCGGGGAGAUUCUGUGAUCAUUGUCCUUCGAAAUCCCAAGUAGAGGUUAAUUGGAUUUUGUGUGCUUUGGAGCAGAACUUAUGAGCAGCUAGGAGUUGGACCAGCCCUGUAUAAUCUUUCGUAUUCGGGAAUUUACCUAGGCAGAACACCACCUUUGAUUGCUGUAGGGUGCUGUAAGACUUAAUAUAGGAUUUUGAUGUUCUGCUACAUACUAUUAUCUUCAUGACCUUGUAAACGUUGGAGCUUAAAGUGCUCUUCGUGUAUGUUGAAUGCUAUGAUCGGCUAAUAUGUACGGUAACUAUCUUGCGUAACUCCGAAUACAUACAUUGCCCAUUGUGAAGCAUCAAA